CCAAAUCGGUGCCGACAACCAAAAAUUGACAAACCGCACGAAUUGGGAUAAAUAAUAACAAAAUCCAUCGAAAUGGCGCAAAAUGCACCCCCAUGCUGCGAGGCACAGGAUUUCCAAUUUAAACUGCACGACAAAUUUGUGGCGUUCAAAAAAUGCGGCGAGCCCCGCAGCAAUGUGAAGCUGCUAGCGAUCUCGAGCAGCCGGGGAUUGCUUUUUGCCGGGAGUCCAACUCAGCCGGAACUUAAAGUGAUAAUCGUCAAAGAUCUGGCUAAUGCAAAAACUACAGGACAACAACCGCAGGCUCGACUUGUUCCACUGCCCAGUGUGCCGAACUACAUCGCCUGCAGCUCCGAUGGCAACUUGCUGGCUGUAAAUUACACCCAGAACGGCACCAGCCUUCUAAGUAUCUUUUCGGUGCCAUCGUUCAUGACCCCGGAUGUUCGCCCAGUUUAUAGCCUUCGCCUGGCUGCUGAGGAUCAUGUGCACGCCGUGCAGCUCCUCUGGAAUCCCGUUCUGCCCAACAGCUUGGCCGUGGUUCUGAGCAACGGAGCCCUUGGAAUGUACGCCCUAAAGGAGGGGGGAAACUUCGAAAUGCACUCGCUGGACAAAAAUCAACAGGUGAAGUGCGGCUGCUGGUCGCCCAAAGGCAAGCAGAUUGUUCUUGGUUUCCCCGGCGGCAAGGUGCAGCAGUUUAAACCGGAUCUAACGCCCGCCAAGACGCUGAUGUGUCCACCGAAUAUCCACGAUGCCCCCUUCGACACUAUCGCCAUCCAGUGGCUGUCAACGUUCCAGUUUGCGGUCGUCUUUCUGCAGCACGGCGAGGACUGCAAUCCCUCACUAUACAUCUUGAAUGCCCCCAAGGCGGGUGCUCCCAGCUAUAUCAACUACUAUGACGUCUGCUUUAGCCUAAAUGGACCAAGGAACCACCAGUUUUUCUUCAACCAUGUACCCCAGUGGAAUCUGCUGCUUGUGAUCUCGGCCAAUGGUGUUGAGGUGGGCGUAAUGGGUACUUCAGAGACCGGUGACACGCCAGUCUGGAAGCAGUUUACUCUGCUGGACGAGGCAAGGAUUGAGAUGCCACUUAGCGAGGACACACAGGAUGAAACCUUCCCGCUGGGCUUUGUCUACGAUACGUCUACCACGCACCAGCUGACCAUCAACGAACAGAAGCUCCAGACCAUGCCCAUGGUGCAUGUUUUGGGCUCCAAUGGAGAGCUGCUUUCGUUUAAUUUCCUCAAUUUGCAGCCUGCUGCAGUGUCUGUAUGCUCGCCUCCUCCACCGGUGGCUGAUACUUCGGGGCAGUUCAGGCCGCUAAAUACGUUGCUUCCCAGUGCCGAGCCAGAACCGUCAACAGUUGCUGUCAGUCCGCCGCCCAAGACUCCUGCGGUGACUGCUCCCUCGGACUUAUCGUUCGCCUUUUCACCAAACACGGUUACCUCUACUCCGGCUCCAGCCAAGGACAAGCCGCAACCGCUAUUCUCUGGCUUCGGAGCAGCUGCAGCCAAAGCUCCAGCUCCACAGUUGACCUUCGGAUCUGCUUCCAACCCUGCCCCUCUUUCGUUUGCCGCUCCAGCUGCCGCUGCACCAAAGCCAACCGUUGGUUUUGGAGGAUUUGGGACGCAAGGAACGACUCCGACUGUCGGCUCCAUGUUCACCGUUUCCGCACCACAAUCCUUUGGCUUGGCCUUAAACAAACCGGCUCCUGCUCCUGUGGCUCCGCAAAAGACGGCUCCCGAGUCAUCCACUCCUGUGGCGGCUCCAGCUCCCGUCAACAAACCGCUUUAUACGGUUCCUCCGACCUUUACACCAGUGCCCGCUAAGCCAACUCAGUCAGCGCUACCUCCGACUGUGGUCGAAUCCCUUAAGCCGGAUGACACGGAGCCAAUUAUCAAGGACAUGAUUGCACUGCAAAUCGAGGCCUUCAGCCAGGACAUUCAAAAGCAGAAGGAGCAGACCAAAGAACUGCUUAAAGGCAUUGCUGCUCCUUCAACUUUGAGGGUUUAUGCCAAACGAUUGGAUGAUCUUCAGGAGUUAAACGAACAAGCUAAGGAUGUGGAAUUCGAGUUGGAUGUCCAGGGACUGCGGCAGGGUCUUAACGAGGCCUAUGCCAUUGUUGCCGAGUGCCGUGGCAAGUUGGAGAUUUACAGGAAACCGGAUAUAACGCGUCUGAUGAACUCAAGCUCUUGCGAUCCCGCUGGCCGUCGUAUGUUGGCCCGCCUUCAGAGCUACGUUGCGGCCAAUGAGGCCCAGUUGCGUCUCGCCCAGCAGCACAUCGAUGUGCAGUGGGAACAGUUCCAGGAUGUCGUGCGACGCAAUUCCAAGUCUCGCAUGCACAUGCCUUGCUUGGAGGGCAUCUACCAGCGGCUUACUAAGCUGCAAAACCUCGCCUCCGACCAGCGAAUCCUGCAGAACAACAUCAAAGCCAAGCUCAAGGAGCGCGGUUUGCUUCAGGCCGCACUGCUUGACCAGGAGAACAGUCGCACCCGCACCAACGAAGCAGUGGACACAUUGGCCGACUCAAUUCUUUCGAUGAGCCUUAGUCAGGUGGUGGAAUCCAAUGCAGCCAAGCUUACGAAGCAAAGACUGCAGAAGAUUCGCAAGGUGGUUCAAUCGCAGAAGAUCAAUAUUAUCUGUCCCCAGAGACCCGAUCGCGUUGGUCUCAAGUCCGAGGUGAUUUUGGAAACAAAGCGCAGAGCGGAGCAAGUAAAAACGGCAGCCAAGCCCAUAACAGCCAACAAGGCCAUACAAGCUGCAGUGGCACAACCUCCUGCUCCGGUUCCAGCUGCGCCUCAACCUCUUCCAACUGUGGCUCCUCAGCUGCCUAAACCAAUGCCAUCAAAGCCGGCCGUGGUUGAGAAGCCAGCAAUGCCCACUCUGUCUGCCACUCCAGUGGCCACGCCCUUCUCCUUCAGUCAGAGCAGUCCCUUCGUAAAGACAUCUACUGUGACGCCAACGACAAAUACCUUAACACCGGGUGAGGCUGCCAAGCCGGGUCUCUCCAUGUUCGGCGGUUUGGGUAGCGCGAGUUCUGGCUUCAGUUUUGGUGGCGGUGCAAAGCCUGCGCUGACAUUUGGAGGAGGAUCGCCAGCAGCGGAAACGGCUGCAGCAGCGAAACCAAACCUGUCGACGGCAUCUGAAAAGGAAAAGCCAGCGCCGGAGCAGAAAGUAGGAUUGGACAUCAAGCCAGUGAAAGCUGCACCCGAAGCAACAAAAAUAGCACCGCAAACACCAAAGGCAGAGACUGCGAACAAAUCCUUUGGCUUUGCAUUUGCGGGUGCUGGUGGAACUGUUGGAAAUGCCUCCAGUUCACCCUUCAGUUUCGGUGGUAUGGGCUCGUCAUUGGGCUUUGGAGGAACCUCUCCGGCCGUCGCAAAAUCUGAAGCACCCACUACAGCAGCCACGUCAGCUUCAGCAUCUCCGUUUGGAAUGUUCUCGACUGCGUUGGCAAAGCCAACAACCAGUGAACCCACAGUGACCAGCGGCACUCCCCUUACCGUGAAACCGACUCCUGCUAUUGUUGCCACCAGUUCGGCCGAAGCUCCUGCGACAAGCGGAGCGACCAGCGGCUCAGAUCCCAUUGGAGGUCUUUUCAGCUCUGUCAACAUUUGCAAGCCAAACACACCAGCAGAUUCCACGAAGUCAGCUAAUAUUUUUGGAGGUCUGAGCAGCGUUUCAGAAGCAAGUACCUUUUCGUUUGGCAGCGGAACUACAGAUUCCUCGAAGGGAUUAUUCGGCAGCGUUACUCAAGUUGCAGCCUCAAUAACUUCUGCAACCUCUGUUUCGGAGGCCACAAGUAAAACUGAACCUAUCGCAACAACCGCAGGGGCAGCAGCUCCAACAGUGACAACUUCUGCGGCAGCGAGCACAGCAACAGUUCCUUCGGCAGCGACAACAGCAGCAGCAGCAGCAGCACCAAUCACAACUAGCACAGCGGUGCCUUCGAGUAGCAGCGCUCCUGGCAGCGUCUUCUCCUUCUCGAAAGCCUUCAGCAGCCUCGGUGCAUCGGGCGCGACUCCAGCUGCAACUACAAGUGCGGCUGCUCCCUUGGUGGCCAGUAGCUCCACCGCAUCAACAGCCAGCAAUGCGUCAUCUUCGGUGUUUGGAGGUGGCUUUGCAGCAGCACCAUCGACAACGUCUGCUGUGUCCAGUCCCUUCGAAGUGGCUGCAAAGACUUCAGCACCGAGCGGAAACAUUUUUGGCAAUGUGCCCAAGCCAGAGACCAGUGUGUUUGCCACUCAACCUGCCGCGGCUCCAACAUCAACUGCUCCACCCACGGGACUCUUUGCAUCGGCGGCCAUCAGUAAUCCGUCGCCGUUUAACAGUCCUCCCAGUGGAACAGCAGCCUCCGGCGGAAAUAUAUUUGGUCAGGGCGUAAAGUCGAGUUUUUUCGGACAACCUGCGGUGGCAGCAGCAACUGGAUCCAGCGGCGGCGGAUCUAUAUUUGGCGGUGGAAGCAGCUCAACAUUUGGAUCGUCAUCCAUCUUUGGCGGAAGUAAUCCGCAGAGUCCGGCCAGCGGAUCCGCUGCUAGUAGUACUUCAGUUUUUGGCCAAAAUGUGUUCGGUCAGACAGCGGCAGCAUCUCCAGUUGCGGGGGGCAACAUAUUUUCCAAUCCGGGUGGAACCCCGCAGACUUCGGCUUUUGGUGGCGGUGGAAGUUCGAUUUUCGGUUCACCUGCAACCGGCGCAGCUUCGCCCGUUUCUGGAGGAUCGAUUUUUGGCGGCGGCAGCAGCAGCUCUGGUGGAUUUGGAUCCUUCUCGCAGGCAACUCCAGCCCAAGGAGGCUUUGGUGGUGGAUUCGCCCAGGGCGGCGGAGGAUCAGUUGCCCAGACGGGCUUUGGAUCCCCGCAAACGCCGCAGCAACCCGCACCGGGUGGUUUUGGAGCCAAGCCUGUCUUCGGUGGAUCGCCGGCCUUUGGAGCGAGUCCCACAUUCGGCGGAGGACCGACUUUUGGCAGUCCCAAGGGAUUUGGUGGCUUCGGCGGAGCAACACCUGUGGCAUCGCCUCCGGCCUUUGGAGCUGCUGCAAAGCCGCCCGAGGGAAACAUAUUUGAAACACUGGGAGGCCAGGAGUCCGGACUCUCCUUUGGAAACUUGGCACAGACAGGAAACUCGAAUGCCCAGAAACCAGCUUUCGGCGGAUCAAGUUUUAUGAAUUAUCGUUGAAAUAUUUAAUGUUUCGUGAACUCAAUUCUUAUGUUCGUUCAAAUUAGAUUAGACAAGGUUUUAAAAAUAAAAAAAAAUAAAACGUA